AUGACUCUUAGAAACAAUGAGUUGGAUUUCCCUGUAACAGAAUUUUAUCAACCGGUAUCCACACUGGGUGAAAUUCAUGAUGGUCUGUCUCAGAAGAGUGAGAGUGAGCAGCCACAGUUUCUUUCUGGAGAUGAAGCUGAUGCCGACCUCAGUCUGGAUCAAGACCAGGAACAGGAUCAAGAGCAUAGCAACAGUGAAGAGACUGUUAUGACACCUACAAGAAAAAAGGACAUUAAGAAGGAGUCAACCCCUCUACACAAGCAGGAGUUUCUAGACAAAUCAGAUGAUGUUCUCUUGAAGCACCAAGCCAGCAUCAAUGAGCUGAAGAGGGCCCUGAGGGAGCCCAACAGUAAACUGAUGAACCGGGAAAAACGUCUGUCAGGGACGUCCCCAGGCGGCUCUCCAGAGAAGAAAGCAGGCUCUGAAGAACGGGUGUUGCUUGACUAUGAAAUGGAGGAGAAGGGAGAGUACAAAGCUAGUACACCUCCACCUUCUCUGGUCAUUGAUCCCCUUCGAAAGGAGGAGACAGAAAAACAACAGCAAAUUACCAAGAUGACACACAUUGACCUAAUUAGAGAGGACAGUGAUGAAACACAAUUGCACAUGAAGACUUUUGCAUCCUCAAAAAUAACACUAAUGGACAAGUCAGGUGAAUCUAAGGAAAAUAUCAUCACAGGGGAAGAUGCCACAACUAAGAUUAAAUCUAAAUUGUCUCAUGAAAUAUCAAAAAAAGAGCCUACACCACUUGCUGAGUCUCAGCCUAACAGCAAGAUUACCACUACAGACAUCAUGGCGGAGAGUUCUCAAUGUAAAGUCAGAAGGGAAAAAAUACCUCAAAGCUUAAACUUGGGGAAGUCAAGGGACUUCGUGUAUGAGACAGAAGCCAAAGGUUCAAACAUCACACACGAUAGUGUAGAGUCUGAUGAGGACAACAAUACUGAACUUAUAAAGGAGAUUGUGAUCUGUCAUCCUGAAAAUUUCAGCACAACAACAGACACAUGGACAUCAUCCAUGGCUGAAAAGCUAAAUCAGCCAGCCACAAAUACAUAUGCUGCAACACCGCUUAAAGAAAAUAAAGAGUUUGACAGAGUAAUGGGAAAAGACUUGCAGAUUCCCAAUCAGGGAGCAAGAAAGAUGCAUGAAAGUUUGCAUGAUUCAGGAAAGUCUGAUGAUGCAAGAAAAUUUGUAGAAUGUCAAGAGCAGCUAUCCAACGAAGAGAAGAUUAUGAACACUGAAGGCAAACAAGAAAACCAAGAUUCAUUCAGUGGCCCUGGCAAAGAUGAGCAGAAAAGUGUCAAGACUGAUAUCAGAUUUGAAGUCAUGAAAGUCAUCAUGAUUGAUAAUAGCGAGAAUGAAGCGAAAUCUGGAAAAGCAAAGAAGAAAGAAACACUAGAUUUGGGUCUUGAAAAGAAGAUAAGCAAUUUUGAACUGGAAGAAUCUGCAGAAAUCCAACUGGCCAUACUGAAAAAAACUAGCCAGAGUGUUACUGGACAUGUAAAAACAGAUAUAACAAGAAUUGUUCCAUUAAAACCUGAGAGAGUGAGGAGCCAAGGCUACAAAGAUGACCUAGAUAUUGGACAAGACUCUGAACUAAUGAAAAUAAAUUUUAAAAGAUACAGUAUGAAUGAAUCUUUUGUGAGACACUUUGACCCCUGUAAGUUCGAGAGCAGGGACACUAGGUAUUUCCAUGCAAACUGCACCACAAGUCUAGUGAAAGGAAAUACAAGUCAGGAAUUAUCUUUAGCUGUCAAGGACAUCUGUGUGUGCUCAGAGCAUCAAGCGAUAAAGAGUCUUGAGAGUUCACCAAAAGAAAGGGGUAUAUGGAAUGAAGACACUACAAAACACACCAACAGAAUAGUCCACAGAGAUCUUCUGCAUACUGAUGAGAGAAUUUCUGAACUUCACUUCUCCAGACAGACAGUUAACCAAAAAAAUCCCCCUCCAACACCUCCAGUCAAAACAAAGAAAGCAAGAGAAUCAGGUCUCUUUCUGCGCAAUAGUCACAUUUUCAGCAAAGACCCAACUCUUGAAGUCAUCAAAAAGAACCUUCUGGAGCCUCUGUCCACUGCUUCUACUCUUGAAGACCCACAAUAUGAUGUUAAGCAGCAAUCUCACUCUGCCCUGGAGGACGACUAUAAUUGUGAGUUUACUGGCUUGAAGGACACCUACCUGGCCAUCGAGAGGAAAUGUUCAAGUAUGACUGUCAGCUCCACUUCAAGCCUGGAAGCUGAGGUGGAUUUCACUGUCAUUAUGGACUUACACAGUGAUGUGGAGGAAUUUUCUAGAGGCAUGACUGAGCUGGUUGAGAAAGACAAAUUAGAGCUGGGCAGGGAGAGUUUUGACAACACUCCCAGGUCUCACUCCACCUGUCACAUGAAUUUGCAAGAUGUAUCACCUGGAAGAGAACAUCUCCUUGAAGGUCGUGGUCCCCAAGAUAUAGAACCUCCCUCUGUUGCCAAGAAAGACCCCAGUGCAGUGAAUGCAGCCCAGAUGCUGAGAAAAGGAGCAGUUCAAAUGGAACUGCAUUCUAAUGGCUCUGAGGCUCCUGUCAAAGACAUCUCUGAUCAUAAACUGGAAGAGAGCACAGUUAAGGAGGCAAAAGAGAAUGAGUCCCCUGCUUACCUGAACAGUCUGGAAAGACACUUUGUUGCUUCUCCUGUCACUACGGAAAACAUUACCUCAGCAACCACAACUCAAGUGACCAAGACAGUGAAAGGAGGUUAUGCAGAGACCAGGAUUGAAAAAAGGAUCAUCAUAACAGGAGAUGAUGAUGUGGAUCAACAUCAGGCUCUCGCCAUGGCAAUACAAGAGGCCAAACAGCAGCACCCUGAUAUGCUGGUGACUAAGGCCAUAGUGGUCAGGGAAACAGACUCUUCAUAUGAAGAGAAACAUCGAACAUAUGAGUCUUGAGCGAUAGAAGGUGCUAUUUGGAACAUGGAGAGAAGAUCAGCUCUGGUUCUAUGUAUUUCAGUUGAAAGGAGUUAUGCUACUUAUGCUACUGAACAGUUUGCUCAAAACAAAUCACCCAUGCACCCAGUCCUCUGCCAUCACACUCUAAUCUGUCCAUUUUAGUGACAAUCUCCCAUCAUCUGGUGUCUUUACAAUGUUCUGUACCACUCUGAAUACUUUCACCAUAUCAACAGUAGUCUGAACUAUCUUCAGUCUUGUAUAAAUGUCAGUAGUUUAACAUUUAAUUUAGAGGGGAUUUUUUUAAAAUGCUGAAAGUGUUGGAAUUCUAGUAUUGUCUAGUAAUUCUGUGACAUCAGACUUAGUUCCUAGAAUUACCUUUUUAGCGCUCACUUUUUUGAACUUUCAAAAAAGGGAAAAAAAAAUCCUUAAGAUUUAGGCUUCCAUUUAAAAUUCAUGCAUGACUUUCAAGAGAUUACCUGAAAAAGUAUAAGAAUUGGCAUACACCGAAGCCACAUAUACUUGAUGGCCAGCUUCAUAUUUUUAAAUAAUAUUUGAUCAAGUGUUUGCUUGUUAAUUAUGAAUAUUUAUAAUUUCAACUGUCUUAUGCAUAUGCAGAAAUUUUGGAUGUUUGAAGUAUAGCAUUUUAAAAGAUACCCACACCUGACCAGUUAAUAAAUUAAAAGAGUGAAAAGACCCCACAUCAAAACAGCUGAACAAAGCAGAAUUACACAUGCCAUAAUAAUAAACAAAUAUUUCCACAUACCAAAUUGAAUCCAUGUGGCAUUUUAAGAUGUGGCAAUGAUUAUA